AUGCGUAUACCUACAAGACGAGCACUCUGGAUUUUGCUUUUGGGCCCAGCAACUAUUCCAGCCGGUGCUGCCAGUAUAUCAUAUACGGUCCCUGGAACACCACCAGCUGGCUCAAGCUCCCUCGAUGUUGCACCAGUUGGCGUCUCCUUCGAGUUUUUUGCAUUUCCCUCUUAUUUUACCAACGUAACGGCGACAAAGCAAUGCCUAAGUAACUUCCGAAGCUUGACUGGAGUAUGGCCACCCAUUAGAAUAGGUGGAACUACACAAGAUCGUGCUCAGCAUGAUGCUUCGGCUUCAGCCAUGGUGGUAUACACAGUGGCAGAUCCUAAAGAUGCUCCCGCGAAAUUGACUUUCGGGUCAUCAUUUUUCAAGCUAGCUGCAACAUACGCAGGAACAGUUGUAAUAGGCCUAAAUCGAGGCUACAAUAAUAUCGCAAAUACGAUUGCAGCAGCAAAGGUAGCGCAGAAAAGCAUGUCGAACUUGCGAGCGAUUGAGCUUGGAAACGAACCUGAAUACUAUGCAGGGGCAAAUCAACCAAUAGCUGUAGCAGCUGGCUCAUGGACGCCUGGAGUAGAUGCAAAAUCGCAAAAUAGUUGGAUAGCUGCAGUCGGACAAGCGUUGGGCAGUCCAGCUAUUAUUCAAGCUGGAAAUUCGAAUACUGACCCUCCAACCUGGGGAGCAGCUGAGCUAAUUCCAAACCUAAACUCCACAUCAAGAUCAUAUGUGUAUGACUACUCUCAUCAUAAUUAUCCUGGUGGAACAGUCACAUCUUUGAUGAGCCACAGCGGUAUUGUUAACAACAUGAAGAAGUUCAAGGCAGAUGUCGCGGCAGCAAUGGCAGUUGGCAAGGAAUAUGUUCUUGGAGAGACCAAUUCAGUUUCUGGAGGUGGAGCUGCUGGUGUAAGUCCGACGUUCGGAGCAGCUCUCUGGACUAUGGACUACGUACUUCACGCAUCAGUUCUCAACAUAAGACGAACUUAUUUCCACCAUGGUACCGUCGGACUUUGCUACUAUUGCUGGUGGGGUCGGUACUCUAUGGGAGCUCCAUAUUACGGAGCCUAUGCCGCACAAGAAGCAAUGGCCAAUGGCUCUUACAUUGCUCAAUUGGACAAUGGAAGUUCUGCAUACGCAGGAUAUGUCAUUUACGAUUCAGCUUCCAAACCGCUCCGAGUUAUGCUUUACAACUCUGAGUACUACGCCGGGAGUGGUACCAGAGUCGCUUCCAAUUUUACUUUAAGUGGUAUCAAGAGUUCAAGCGUAAAAGCGAAGAGAUUGACGGCUGCAAGUGCGCUAUCAAGGGCCGAUAACGGAGCCGUGCCAACUUGGGGUGGACAGCAAUUUGCAGAUGUGACUUGCAGUAUAGCUGGCACGGAGACUUUUGAGACUACAACUGUGACCAACGGCUCAGUCACCUUUUCUAUUGCCGCUUCUGAAGCGCUGUUGGUAUAUUUGCAGUAG